UUUAAAUUACAUACGAAAUAUAUAAACGAGUGAUAACGUGUGAUAAUAAUUCUUGCGCGGUGGAGGGUGGAGAUAAUUACCGUCGUGUCAUAAUUGUACCUAAUCAGUAUGUCUUAGAUCGUGUAAAGUCUAACAAGUAUUCGUUGCAUUUUGUAAAUUUUACUGCUACAUUGUUUUAAAACAAAACAAACAAUUUUUUAAUUGAACCGGUAAAAAUGGCAACUAUAGUGCCUGACGUAGAUGACAUCAAAUUGAAGGCUUUGAAAGCUUUCACAAAAGAAUUUACUAAGAAUGCAGAUAUAUGUGUUUGCGCACCUGGCCGCGUAAAUUUGAUCGGAGAACAUACUGAUUACAACAAUGGUUUUGUUUUGCCAAUGGCACUACCUAUGGUCACAGUUAUAGCUGGUAAACGAAAUAAUACAAACAAAUGUAAAAUUAUUUCUCUGAAUGAAUCACUUGAUUCUGGAAAUUGGGUUGAAUUUGAAUCAAGCCCUAGAAAUAAUAUAAAGCCAGGAGAACCAAAAUGGGCCAACUAUGUAAAAGGGUGCAUAGCAAAUUUUCUUUGCGAUGUGCCUGGUUUUAAUGCUGUAAUUGUAUCAUCUGUACCAAUUGGCGCUGGUCUUAGCAGUUCAGCUGCUUUAGAAGUAGCUACAUAUACAUUUUUGGAAACAUUAACUGGAAUGAAGGCAAAGAAGCCUGAAGAUAAGGCUUUGGCAUGUCAGCGUGCUGAGCAUGAUUUUGCUAAUGUUCCUUGUGGUAUAAUGGACCAAUUUAUUUCUGUAAUGGGAAAAAAAGGGUAUGCUCUUCUUCUCGAUUGUGAAGAUCUUAGUACAAAGCAAAUACCCUUGUCACAAAUAAAUGAUUAUGUUUUUCUCAUUACUAAUUCUAACACUCCUCAUAAGUUAAGUUCCAGUGCCUACUGUGAACGUAGAGACUGUUGUUAUAAAGCUGCAGAAAUAUUGACUAAAAAGAGUUUGCGUGAAGCAUCUGUGAUGGAUAUUGAAUUAUUGCAAUUACAAAAUGUACCAGAAAAUAUGAUAAAAAGAACUCGUCAUGUAGUGACAGAAAUCCAAAGAACGACUGAGGCAGUACAUGCACUAGAAAAAGGAGAUUUCAGGAAGUUUGGACAAUUAAUGAAUGAAAGUCAUGAUUCAUUGAAGAACGAUUACGAAGUUUCUUCGAUUGAACUUGAUACUUUAGUAUCAGCAGCACGAGAAGUGAAGGGUGUUUUGGGGAGUCGUUUGACUGGUGCUGGUUUUGGUGGUUGUACAGUAUCUUUAGUAGAAAAAGAUAUGAUCACCAAAGUAAUUGAUAAUAUUAAAGCCAAGUAUUCCGGUAAUGCAACAUUUUAUGUUGCACAACCUGCAAUGGGAGCAAGAGUACUCACGAUAAAUUAAAUGGUAUGUUUAUUAAAAAAAUAAUACAAAAUAAGUCAACCUCAAAAAUAGGAGUGUAUGUAAAACCAUCUAGCCUUUUUUAUUUGAAACAUUUGUUAAGAUAAUUACGGUUUUAUGUAUAAAAAUAUUUGUCUCUUAAAGAAGAAAUUUAUAUCUACAUGAUUAUAAAUGUAAACGUCAAUCAUGUUUGUCAAUAUUUUAAAUAAUGUACAUUUAUAAAACAUAUUAAAGAUAAGAAAAUGUUGCUAAGUAAAUGUGUAUAAUAAUGUUUGGUAACUGAUAUGACAAAUUUUAGGAACUAAUUUUACACAACAAGCAAAACCUAAAAUCAAAAGUAAUGAAAAUGUAUUGUUUAUAAUUGUACAAUACUAAAUAUGUUUGCUUAUUGAAACCUAUAGAAAUAUAUUAAUAUAUUUUUUUACUUCUACUGGAUUCUUAGAAUUGUUACACUGAAUUCUCAAUGGAAAGUUUUUACUAAAUUUUGAUAAAUAUUUAAACUGAAAAGUGUGAAUUGUAAAUGAAUGAAACUCAAGCGUCUGGGGUCAUUGACGUCGGACAGUGACACGAAAUUAGCGAUAGACUGCGUUAUUAACCAAAGUAAUUAAAGAAAAACAUUACGUCACAAAAACAAACCGCCAAUCACGGUUUCGUAUUCUUAUAUCUGUAAGUCAGGGAUACACAAAAUGUGCAGCACAACAUCAUUAAGUUCAAUAGAAAUUUUGAAUAAUAUUUAAAUCAUUAAAUAUAUUAAAUAAUAAAAUAAAACAUUGUCGAUUUACUGUUUUUUAAAAUCCUGUUUACUAACACUUGUAAUAGUUGGCAUCUCGAAAAUGUAAAUACUGUUGUAUUAGAUUAUGUGUAUAGUACUCUUUUAUAAUACGACAGACAAUAAUUACUUAGUUCGGUGUAUUCCCCACUGAUUUGAAUGAGUUUUAGAUACGUUGCCGGGAAUUUUCAAAUUUCCUUUAUUAUAUUAUACAAGUAAAUUGUGUACAUUCUUAGUAUUCAUAUUGUAUUGUACUUGAAAAUUGCGAAUUCUGUUUAAUAUUCUGAUAAAUGUCUAUAAGAAAUUGUGAGUAUAUACAAAAAAUAUAAUAUCGAGACAAAAA